AUGACUUUAACUUUCAGAUUCUUCUACGUUUGGGAUGGAAGAGGAGCCAUGCACGUGUCUUGCGUUUUCCCAAAUGGGGACAGUUAUGUGGGGGAAUGCAAUACAUCUGCAUUUGGACUGGUGAGGAACGGUACUGGGAACUACAUCUUAGCAAGUGGUGUUAUAUACAUGGGAGAGUGGCGUGACGACAAAAUGCAGGGCAGAGGGAUCGUGAAGCAUCCCUCCGGAGCUAUGUAUGAAGGAGAAAUCAAAGACAACAUGUACCACGGCAUGGGAACAUACACUUUCCCAGAUGGCUCUGUGUAUAGAGGUCCCUUUCAUAUGAAUAGGUGUGAGGGAGAGGGAACCUUCAUAGAUGGACAGGGACGAGUUUGGGCGGGAGAGUUCCACGGCAAAGCAGCGUUUGGCCUCAAGCUGCAGCAAAAUUCUUUAGCUAAAACAGGAAGCAUAUGAUACACAUUUUUUGCUCUACGCUAAAAUGAAAUUGUUUCACAAUGUACUGUGUUAAUACAUUUUAUAAAGUUGAUUUUAUCCCUGGGAUGCAUGUAUUUUAGCGUUUGGCCUCAAGCU